AUGAAUCUGCCGGGCGAAAUUCAUCAUAGGUUUACUUAUAUGUACAUUGCGCAGGUCAGCUUUGCAGACCUCGACAUUACCAAACACAACUUACCAAUCUCAACGAUGUCUUCUUCAGAUUCCCCGAACUAUGGCGAUGCCACGAUGCCCAUUGCCAUCGUUGGCAUGGCAGCCCGGUUCUCUGGUGAAGCAACUAACCCAUCCAAGUUAUGGGAUAUGAUGGUACAGGGUCGAACUGGGCAUUCCGCAGUUCCAGAGAAUCGUUUCGACGCGGAGGCGUGGCAUCAUCCCAGCCACGAACGAAGAGGGACUAUCCAACCACGAAGUGGCUUCUUCCUUCGUGAGGACCCUGCCGUUUUUGACGCACCAUUUUUCUCGAUGACGGCGAAGGAAGCUGCAGGAAUGGACCCAAUGCAGAGAAAACUUUUAGAAAUUUCUUACGAGGCUUUUGAAAAUGCUGGCAUCCCGAUUACCAAGUUGCCUGGUACGGCGACCGGCGUCUACAGUGGUGUUAUGACGAACGACUAUGAGUUGAUGACUGCCGGUGAUCCAAUGCAGUUGCCACAGAAUGCAGCAUCGGGAACAAGCCGUGCUAUGCUUGCCAAUCGGAUUUCCUGGUUCUAUGAUCUUCGGGGUCCCAGCUUCGCGCUCGAUACGGCUUGCUCGUCCAGUUUAUAUGCGCUACACCUGGCUUGUCAGUCACUGCAAGCAGGAGAGACUGACCAGGCGCUCGUAACAGGAGUCAAUCUUAUCCUAGCGCCAAAUUUUAUCUCCCAGCUUUCUUCGAUGCACAUGCUGAGCCCAGACGGGAAGAGCCAUUCUUUCGACUCUCGUGCCAAUGGCUACGCCAGAGGCGAGGCCCUUGCUGCAGUCGUGGUCAAACCACUCUAUCAAGCACUCGCUGACGGUGACACUAUCCGAGCAGUUAUUCGAGGAAGUGGUGCAAAUCAAGACGGUAAGACCGUUGGAAUCACAAUUCCAAACCCGCAGGCGCAAGCAGAACUUAUCCGCAAAACAUACGCUACAGCUGGGCUGGGUCUCGAACAGACAGGGUAUUUCGAGGCACACGGCACAGGAACCCCUGUAGGUGAUCCAAUCGAGCUGAGCGCUAUUGGGACAAGUUUCGGCGAGCAUCGCAGCCAGAACUGUCCGCUUUUUGUGGGAAGCGUGAAGACGAAUGUUGGCCAUACGGAGGGGGCUGCCGGUCUGGCAGGCGUUGUGAAGACAGUGCUAGCUCUGGAGGCGGGUAUUAUUCCUCCACUGGCUGACUUUCAGGAGCUGAAUGAAAAGCUUCGACUUGAGGAGUGGAAGUUGGCUCUCCCGCUCAAAGCAACUCCUUGGCCGAUGCCGGGUCUUCGCCGGGCAAGUGUCAACUCGUUCGGUUUUGGAGGUGCCAAUGCUCAUGUUAUCCUUGAUGAUGCCUAUCAUUACCUGAAAUCCCACGGGCUGAGCGCAAACCAUCAUACAACACUGUCGGAAAGCGAGGACUCAUCGGAUUCAGGUCUGGAAAUGGACUCCUCAACCAGUGACAGUGGGGAAGGGCAGUCGAGCAAGUUGUUACUUUUCUCAGCGUAUGAUGGCGCUGGUAUUAAAAGGACAGAAGCCUCGUGGAACAGCCACCUUGCCGAUAUCCUCGCAGACAGCAAAACCGUGGACGAGACCAUGGGGAUGAAUGACCUCGCAUACACCCUUUCUGACCGCCGCACGACCUUCGACUUCCGGAGCUUUGCUGUGGCAUCGAGCGUACAAGAUCUGAAAGCUAAGCUUGAGAACGACGGCCUUCCGCGACUGAACAGGGCCUCUCGUCGCUCCAACCCUGUGUUUGUGUUCACGGGCCAGGGAGCCCAAUGGCCCGCGAUGGGGCGAGAACUGCUGUCUAACCCUAUCUUUCGCGCCAGCAUCGAGCGUAGCAAAGCCGUUCUCGAACUUGAAGGCUGCGAGUGGGAUGUGGUGCAAGUUUUGUCAGAUCCGCAGGACCAGCGCAUCCAUAUCCCAGCCUUUUCCCAACCAGUCUGCACAAUCUUACAGGUCGCUCUUGUUGAUCUUCUGCAGUCAUGGGGCAUUCAACCUGCAGCAACGGUUGGUCAUUCCAGUGGAGAGGUUGCGGCGGCUUAUGCAGCGAAAAUGAUAUCCCAGGACGAGGCUGUACGAAUUGGAUACUGGCGAGGCUUCUACAGUGAGCAGGUGAAGGCUCGACUAGAAAAUAUACGAGGUUCCAUGAUGGCCGUCGGUCUAUCAGAAUCUCAGGCCACUUCGUACCUAAACCGGGUACCAGAAGGCAGUGUAGUCGUUGCCUGUAUCAACAGCCCGUCCAGUGUCACUUUAUCUGGCGAAGAUCAUUCGAUCAAGACUCUCGAAGCAAUCCUGCAGGCAGACGGCCACUUUGCGCGUAAGCUUCGUGUGGAGGUUGCCUACCAUUCUCCUCACAUGAAGACCGUUGCAGAUGAGUUCCUGAACGCUGUUGGCAUAAUCACUCCACAGCCUUCUGAAAUCCCGAUGUUCAGUUCGGUUACGGAAACCCGGGUUGAGGACCCAGCGACUCUCGUUGCUUCAUACUGGAUGCAGAACCUGAUAUCCCCAGUUCGUUUCUCUGGUGCACUAGCAACCCUACUAAAUGACACCCCCAGUGUAAAGGCAAAUACUCGCCGUCGACGCACUGCUGGUAUUGUCUGGAGUGCUCUGAUCGAGGUUGGACCCCAUGAGGCACUGAAAGGGCCAUGCCGUCAGAUCAUGUCGGGCCUAAACACCAAAUUAGCAGACCAGAUUCCUUAUAUGUCUGUCCUUAGCCGCGGUAAGAGUGCAGUGGAGACAUCACUGACAGCAGCUGGCCUCCUUUGGGCGUCGGGACAUCCGAUCAAUAUACGUGAGGUAAACCAGUAUCGGGAUACUGGUGAGAGGGUGAUCACUGACCUGCCACCGUACCCCUGGAACCAUGAAAAGGGCUUUUGGCAUGAACCUGCGGCCUCUAUAUCCGCACGAUUGAGAAAAGAACCACGCAACGAUCUCCUGGGUGUGCCAGUGGCGCAGCAAAACCCUUUCGAGCGGUGCUGGCAAAACUAUCUCUCCGUCUCAGAAUGUCCUUGGCAGAAAGAUCACGUCAUUACUGGCACUGUACUGUAUCCGGGAGCUGGACAUCUGAUUAUGGCCUUUGAAGCUGCCAUCCGGCUGGCUGCUGACAAUAGACCGCUGAAGGGAGUCUCGUUCUCUGAUGUCCACUUUGACAAGGGGCUUGUCAUCCCGUCGGACGACCAUGGCGUCGAGACACGACUCUGCACACGGCCUCAUGAGAGCCUGUUAGACUGGUACCACUACACUUUAUACUCCAUCAACGCCACUGGAGACUGGACAAAACACUCUUGGGGCUCGUUCAGCCUCCACUACGAGGAUGCUGUCAGCGUGCAGCAAGCGAAACGCAGCAAAGGCGAAUACGACGAUAUCAACACUCGUGCAUGUCGGAAGCUGGAUGUUGAGUCGUUCUACGAGCAGCUCCUGUCAAUCGGCACAGAAUAUGGGCCGACAUUCCGCAACUUAGUACAUGCUGCUGCGGCUCCUGGUUACCACAGCGGCGUGGGUACCAUCACAAUACCAGACACUAAAUCAGUCAUGCCUCACGAGUUUGAAUAUCCUCACUUGAUCCAUCCCGCCACGCUGGAUGCCAUCUUUCACUUGAUAUUCGUGGCCAUGGGCGAGGGCAACGCGCUCUCCGAGUCUGCCAUCCCAACACGGGUAGACCGCAUUUACAUUUCCACGGAUCUGCCUCGAGGUGUCGGAGCCAAGUAUACAGGUUACGGUCGCGCGGAGCCUGUCUCCAGCCGCGAUACCUUGGGGACUAUCGUCGUCUCGGAUGAAAAUUGGUCAGCAGGACCCAAGAUCAUUGUUGAAGGGAUGACUGUCACGGAAGUCUCUGCUGGUGCUUCUACCUCAUUCAACUCCUUGCUUAUACCGGGGGGCCAAGGUCGCAUUGCCACGCUUGAAUGGAAGGAGGAUGUGGACUCACUUGUCGGGCCGACGGCUGAGUCGUGGCUGGCCCAGAAAGGGCCAAGUAUUGGGGGCCAGGCCAGCGAUGUGACUGAAGCGGUGCAGCGCCUCGACGCUUGGCUGGAACUUUCCUGUUUCAAGAGCACAGACCUUGGCACCCUUGUUAUAUGUCCCUCGAAAUUGAAAGGCAGUUUUGAACUCGUCAAGAAAUAUGGCUCUAAGCAUGGAGAAAGGUAUCGGUUCGGCCGGACCACGAUCAUCGAAUUUUCCGAGAAUGAUAUUUCAGCAGCAGAGAGUGCUUUCGCACCGCACGGAAUUGAAUCUUCAUAUGCUGCUAUCGAUCUUUCAGCCACUCCUGAGCAUGCUAUGGAACAAUUGGGGAUGUUCGAUUUGAUCAUCGCUGAGGAGAAUGUUAUUGUCCAAUUUCCCGAUGUCACAAAGAUACUGCAUCGGGAAGGCAGAGUCGCUAUUAUUAGGAGUCAUGCUUUACCCGAUGAGCGCCACUUCGCAGCAACAAAGGGCUUACUGAAGGAAAUCUCAUUUGAGUCUCAGGACGGCUCUAUCCUACAAAUUGCUGGUUUGGGAUUGGAAAUGGAUCCAGCCAUUCGCAGCCUUGAUGACGUUGUACUGUUACAACAUGUAGAUGCUUCCCCAGCUGCCAAAAACUUUGAAAAAAGGCUUACGGCCCAGCUAACCAGUCUCGGUGCGCAUGUACGGAGCAAUACCAUAGCAAACGCGAGCAGCCUUUCAGGAAACAUCGUGAUCUCUUUGCUAGAGAUUGAUUGUCAAUUUGUCAUAUCAUGGACAUCGGAAGAAUUCGAACAAUUCCGCCAGCUGACCAACGCGAGAUACGUCCUAUGGAUUACGCGCGGGGGCUUGCUCGACGCAGACCGGGCAUCGCUUGAUUAUGCGCCGUCCACCGGCCUUCUGCGUACUGUCCGCGUUGAAAAGCCCCAAAUUCGACUGCCUCACUUGGAUCUCUCCCCUAGCCUGGACUUGAACUCGGAUCGCGCGGUUGAAAUUGUGAUAUCUGCAUUCCACUCCAGCAUCAAGCCCUCUGUAAAGGAAAAGAAUCUCGAAAUGGAAUAUGCAGAGUCCAACGGGCUAUUAUACAUCCCAAGAGCUCGAGGGCAUGCGGCCUUAGACCACGAGCUUGCCCUUCGGGGUGAGAAAGUGUCCAGCAUCCCGGGGCCACUGUCUGCGCCUGGAAUAGCACGACGACUUGAGACUUCCCUGGCUGGAAGCCCAUCUCAGGCUCGCUGGGUUCCUGACGAGACAGUCGGAGAUAAGCUGGCAGAUUUUGAUGUUGAAAUCCAGGUCUCUCACGUGGGCUUGGAGCACAGUAAGGUCGAAAAUUAUCUAAAUGGAAAACAGCUUUCGCUAGCACCUGGCCUCGGGCGCGUGGCAGUUGGGACCCUGACCAGGGCUGGUGCAAAAGUUUCACGAUUCAUUCCUGGUGACCAAGUGUUUGCUUUGCACGCCGCACCUUUCCAUACACACCUGCGCGUCACCGAAGACGCUGUCCACGCAGUCCCGGACAUCCUGUCUCCAGCUCAGGCUGCACAUCUUCCGCUAGCUGCGGCUCGAGCCUGGCACUCGCUUAUCGAUGUUGCAGCGUUCCGCGCUGGUCAAUCUGUCUUUGUUAAUGGUGCAAGCGAUACUGUCGGGCGACUAACUGUUGAGCUGGCGCGGCUUCUGAAGGGGGAUGUUUUUGCCUCUGUUAGCUCUGAUGACGAAAAGCACACUCUGACGAAAACCUACAACAUACCAGAAGAUCAUAUUUUCAGCCUUUCACACCGAACUGACUGGGCAUCAGACCUCAAAGCCGCGAUGGGACAGGGGCAGCUAGAUAUUGUGAUCAACAACGCAACGCCAAGCCCAGCAAUUCGCAGCCUUUUCCAAUCAAUUGCACCAAAAGGACGAUUCGUAGACCUUACCCAGCGUCUCGAUCCGUCGUUGCUCGACCCAAGGAUGUUCCAGCGGAACGUUACUUUGUCCUUGGUGGAUUGGGAGUCUUUGACCAACCCGCAGCUGGGCGCCCUGAUGGUUAGAUCACUAGAUUUGCUACGAGCAGGGGCCUUAACCCCGAUCAAGGAAGAAUAUAUCUUUUCGGUAUCUGACCUGCCAGAAGCAUUAUUGUCCGUCGGCCAACAGCAACAUGAGCGAGUCGCAGCACCGGUGGUGGUGGAGUUCUCCGCAGAUGCCACAGUUCCUUUACUUCCAUCUCUUCCCGCACCACUUCACCUUAAACCCGAUGCGACCUAUAUUCUCGCUGGGGGGCUGGGUGCUCUUGGGCUUACCAUUGCAGAGAAUAUGUGUAGCCACGGUGCCGGCCACUUGGUGUUCCUCAGCCGCUCCGGGGCAUCGAGCCAAAGACAGCAAGAGGCGCUUGAGAGCUUCCGUGCUCGCGGAUGCAAGGUCGACGUGGUGAAGUGUGACGUGACGGACCAAGAACAGGUGCAAGCUCUGGCUACCCAGAUUCGGGAGCAAUCGUGGAAUGUUCGCGGCAUCAUCCAACUGGCAAUGGUUCUCCGGGACUCGAUCUUCGAAAAUAUGACCUUCGAUAAGUGGGAAACAGCUGUCAACCCUAAGAUCAAAGGAACGUGGAACCUGCACGCCGAGCUUCCCAAGGAUGUUGAUUUCUUCAUCAUUCUCUCUUCGCUCUCUGGCAUCAUUGGAAAUACUGCCCAAGCUAACUACUGCGCCGGUAAUACAUAUGAGGACGCUCUUGCCCAUUAUAGGCGUAAGCAGGGCCUCGCCGCGACGACCCUCAACGUCGGCCUGGUCACGGACGCAAGCCACUUCAACGAGAAUUCCACAAUCGAAGACUAUCUGCGUAAAUAUAGUCACUGGAUAGCCGCCCAGGUCACCGACAGCGAGCUGCAGCACACCAUCACUGCCGUGAUGCGGAGGACAGUCGGCGACAAGAAUGAGCCCGUACCCGACCAGCUCCUGGUCGGUCUCUCAGAUAACGUCCGGCGUGACGGAAACAGUCUGAAUUUGUGGCCACAGGACCGCAAAUUCGACCACAGGAUCAGUCUAGAAGAUGGGCUCGGUGUGGUUGAGAAGGAUACGAAUCAACAGAAAUUAAAGGCAUCCACGACAGUCGCUCAGGCGCACGAGGUCGUUGAGACAGCAUUACGCUUGAAUGUUGCCGCGGCUAUGACUGCCUCCCCGGAUGAUAUUGACAUUGAGAAACCGCUCUAUGCCUUUGGCAUUGACUCGCUUAAAGGGAUUGAAGUCCGUAAUUGGAUUUUUAGCGAGCUGCAGGCCGAUGUAUCCGUGUUUGAGGUUCUUAGUCCGAUGACCCUAAGCCGCCUGGCUCUCAAGAUUGUUUCGAAGAGCACGCUCGUGGGCGCGGAGCUUGCUGCAGAAGCUGCGGCGGACAGUGUGGCGUAA